UGUAACUUUAUCACUCCUGCGCUCAGUCGCUCGCUCGGUCGCUCAGGGACAUUCGGGGUUACGGGGCUGCCCCCGCUGUCGCGGUCCAGCCAGGAAACAGCGGAACAUCCCCGGAAUCUAAUGCGCCCGAGUCCUGUCAUUACCACUUGUGGCCGCUGCUCACUAAAAGUUAGUCUCGCUGUAACUCGCGAAUGUGAGGCCAACUUCAGCCUCCCUCCACUGCCUGUUAUGUCAUCCAUCGCUGCCUAGCGGUCACCUGGUUCAGCCGGAGGCUGAGAUACACGAGAGUUGGACGGGACUGCUAACUUAGCUGGCUUAGCUAGCAUAGCACAUUCAACGCUCGACAAAAUGCUCGCUCGCAUGUUGUAUUCCCUCAUCAACAACCUCCACGUCGUCGAGAAGUUGGCCGAGUCGCGUCCGAUUCGCAGGGCGGCCCAGAUCACCGCCUACGCCAUCACCAAGGCUCAGAUAGCCGGCCGGGACGCGUCGGAGCGGGUCAUGCGGUCCCAGACGCUGCGGCAGGUCCGGGAGGAGGCCGGCAGAGUCCCCGGCGACCUGGGGGAGGUGGGCGGCCGCCUCAGGAGAGUCCGAGAGACAUUUGUGAAAGAAGUGAAGGAAGGCUGGAAGGACGGCUCCAGACAAAUUAAGAAAUAAAGCGGACGGACUGGCAGUAGGAUGUUAAAGGCAUUGGGAUUUUACUGAUAACAAAACUUUGUUGUUACUGACAGGCUGACAACAUCUCAUGUGUUUGUUUUUGUUUUAAAUGUCAUCAGACUGUCUAUUGGAAAAACCAGUUGAACACAGAAGACUUGUGUGAACAACCCGCCUCAGCAAUGCACGACAACAAUCUGCUGGCCACCUGAAACCAUCAGAAAGUGGCUCCAUGCUGGACCGGGAUCAGUUCACAGUCAGGAAUGGUGCUCGUCAACAAUGUGGUUAGGUCUACACUUACCUGUAAUCUCUGGCCAGAUAGUUUAUGAUAAACUGUGGGUAAGCAAAUUCACUGUGUUCACGUGUCUGACAGCACAUGGAGUUUUGACGUGUGCACUUCUCUCAGGGAGCCUGUGGGAAAAGUAGGGACUGUCUUGGAAAAUUACAGGUUCGAGGUUUGGAUUAGUGAGGAAAGGUUAAGUGCACUUUUGCUAAAGUAAGCUGACAAUUCAGUCUUCUCAACAAAGAACAGACCUCUUGAGCUGCCUCUUAUUAAUAGCCUCUUCACAUUAAUCUAUGAACAAAACCACACAGUGAUGUCCUGACAAAAGUACUGUCUUCUUCUUUUCUCCGUGUACCUCCACUGACGUGCACUCAUGCAACUAUGACACCAAUCCUGCCGAAGACCUUGUUUUGAUACGCACAUUAAGUCGUCACUUGAAAUCCUUUUAUCGGCUGAAUAUGUGUAUAUAUAGAGGGAUGUGGUAUGUGAAGACAAUGAAUUUACCAUUUCGUUCUGACCAUGGAAAUAAAGAUUAUAAUUUAUAACACAGCACUUUGACUGCUAGACUGUGUCAAGUUGAUAUCAUUUGCCACAGGGGACGUUGAGGGGGAAAAAUAGUGUGUAAGGAAAAGGUUUAGAUAGCUGUAUAAUAAAAUUAAAUUUUUCUAGUCCAAAUGAAGCUCCUGAGGUGGGCUGUUUUCUGAUAAUCCAGUUGCAAUCUAGUGAACCUGAAAAAUCGGACUUCAGAGUCUCCCACCACUCAAAAAUAUGUUUUGGGAUUUGACCCUUCAUCGUGCAGAAUGAUGUAUCCGCAGAGUUUGACGCUGUUCUCACAUUAAACUGUUGAUAGCGGGAAAGUUUCUCUGUGCUCACCUCAAAUUUCAGUCUAAGAAGCGUAGCAGUAUUGUGGGAUAUCACAACUACUUUUGAAGCCGUACACGGUCUACUAUGCAAAAUUCACAUUACACAAGUGCGAUGUGGAAAACUGAAGCUUCCAGUGCACGUACUGUGAAUGGAUUUGCAUAUUCAUAGAUUCUGUAUUUUAUAAUGAGGGAGAAGGAGGGAAUGUGCUUUUAAGAAUUAAAAAAAAAAAAGGAAAACAUCAUUUUAGUGGGAAAACCAUAUCAGAGACUAAUUUGUAAUUAAUGCAGUGUUUUAAAACUUUUCUGUCAAUGUUUUUGUUUUUUUUUAAACUAGUGACAAAUCUUCAUCUGCUACAGCAGAUUCAUAAAGACUCGAGUUCACAGUUCAAACUCAUAGUUCCUUUGCUUUCGCAACUCUGGCAGGAGAAUGGCAGAGAUUAAUUUACAGCAUAAUUUAAGUAGAGAUAACAACACGGGACGUUUUAUUCCUUCCUGUGAGAUAUGGUCACUGCAGUGGCAAAAGCAGAUUCAGCUGGUUGUGGUUGGUACUACUAUUAAAUGUCAUACACUUGCACACAUGUACACAAGUCGAGUCGACAGAGGUGGACCGAAGAUUUGGCCUUGGCCCAGUUACUGUGCAAUGAUUGGUUUCACCUUUGAAAAAUC